ACAAAAUAACAAGAUAAUAAAGCUAGAAAAUGACAGUAUAUUGCUUAGUAUUGUGCGAAUAUGAUGUCUUUACAAAUAAUCAGACUCUCUUUUAUAUAGUAGGGGAGUCCUACUCUAGGUACAAUUCUAUAUGAGUAAAGAAAUCUCAUGAUUGGCUAAUUAAUCCGGCGGAUAUUUUGACUUUCCAUUAUUCGACUCGGUAAGCUUCCCUCGAUCUCUAUUUUGUUCGGUAUCGAUCUUGGUCGAUCUCGAUCUUGAUCAAUCUCAAGAUCACGAGCUCGACAACCUAACUUUGCAUCAUUAUUCGAUAUAAUACGAGGCUGAACCUUGACUUAUUGCGUUCCAGUUUUUAGUCACACAAAAGGGGCAAAGCUGAUUUUGACCGUACAUCUAUCAAAAGAUUGCAGAAAAAUCCUUCAUAUAAAAAAAUAUAACCGUCCAAUCGGGAAGUUCGUUUCACACGCACUCUCACACGGUCCACUCUUCCGAUCCCAAAACCUCAACUGCCCAGUGCCCAUCCCCCCAACUGCUGAUAGCUAUGGAAGACCCAAAAACCGACCAAUCUCCGGCAGCCAACUGCUCAACUCCGGCACCGGGCACCGUUGACGAUCUGCCACCUCAGGCUGCAACCGAAAGUUGCGAAGAGAAGCCCGAUAAGGAAGACCCAGACAGCUUACGUCAGCCCAAGAGAAGAAAAAACUGCCCCACUGCUUUAGAUAAAUUUGAUUCCGUAAAUUCAGCUACUAAUUUAGGGUUUUCAUUUUCUUUUGACUCGAAAUUCUCCGGUUGCUCAACUCCCGAAGUUACCCCCAAAUUCGGAUCCUUCAAUCGGGUCAAACCAAAACCCGUUUCUAGCAAAGAUCCGGAAUCCGAAGAAAGGGAGCUAAAAGAA